GCAAGUGUGUCGGUUGUAAAUUGUUGAAGCGAUUGUAACCGUGUGUCGCAUUGGUAUAAGUUUCCAUUAAAUGAUUUAUUAACUUCUAUCAAAAGUCAUCUCUGUGACUGACAGGGGGUUGCCAAUCUUUUGUUCAAUCCGACUAUAAUUACACCAAGUCCGCCGGGAAGCGGUCCCGCGCGGGAUGUAGCACGCCCCGUUUAGACGUGCUUACAUAGCAAUCUUAUAGUGCCAAUCAGGGCCGAAACAUCACGUUUCGAUAUAAUGUACGUAUGUUGCCAUCAUUCGCAUGAACACUCCAUAAGAUAUUCAUCAAUCAAGACAAUAUUGCGGCAGGCCUGCAAACACGGCAUUGCGUGCGUGCAUGCGCGCAGAACAUUUUCCAGAACCUGAUGGAAACGAGACAUUAGGGCAAUCUUUAGAAAGAUCGCUUAGAUGCCGAGAAUAAACUUGAGGAAUUGUUGGACGUGUCGGCUCCGACACAAGAAGUGUGACGAGGCCCAGCCAACCUGCCGAACAUGCGCAGAUCUAGAGAUAACGUGCUACUAUAGCGAAGCCCCACCAGAAUGGAUGGACGACGGCAGCAGGCAAGAGGCCAUGGUCGAGCAACUCAAGGCCGAAGUUAAGACCAAGGCGCAUCAACGGCGUGGUCGGAAAGCUUUGCAACGUAUUGGGGCCGACUUGCACUGCGCAUCCGGGCCCGUCAACUCGAUAUGUGGCAGCUCUCCACCUCCAAACAACCCAUUAGGUCCAAAUGAGCGGCCCCGAACGUCUAGCCAGCAAUGCAGUAUCCCAGCUUCCGAACCAUCACUUAUCCCCCCUGAACCAAGUACCCUGUUGCCCCUGCCGAAAACGACGGACUCCGAUGUUGGUCUGGUCAUUGCCUAUCUGGACUAUGUCGUCCCACUGCUGUUCCCAUUCUACCAACCACCAAUAUCUGCAGGGGGUCGGGCAUGGCUUCUGGCAGAAAUAGUCCGAAGCGACGCCUUCCGUCUUCACACAAACGCUCUAACAUCACAUCUCUUAUCCGUGAUCCCCAGUCGGCCGGAGAUCAUGAUGCCCUGCUUUCAGUUAUAUUCAUUGGAAAACACACAGAGCCAAAGAAGCAUGGCUGUCGAGCACCUCCAAGAUGAACUGGAGGAUUUGAAGCGACGUGGUGCCCACGACAAUCUCCGCCGAAGCACUUCAGCGAUCAACAGCAUAACCCGUCUAAUUGACAUAGAGAGAGUCCUGGCCAAGGAGGAUGUGUGGCAAGUCCAUCUUCGCGCGGUGCUCGGUGUUCUCGACGACAUUCUCCGACAACCUGCUAGAUUCGAAGUUUCCACCUGGCUAAUGGUCCUGGGACAACUUUCCCAACCACCACAUUCGACUGAACAUCAGACGUGGAGUGCUCCACGGGCAUCUUUCCGAUUCUCAGCGGCAAAUCUUGUGGUCUGCGACAUCCUCGCUAGCACUUCUCUGGAACAGCCACCUGUAUUGAUCAACCACUACAGGAACCUGCUGCAUCACGACGACAGAAGCAACGCGGACACGAGCACUUUACAAUUGUCAGACAUCAACGGCUGCCAGAACUGGGCCAUGCAGCUUCUCGGUGAAACUGCCGCCCUCGACGCGUGGAAGAAGGAGCAGAGGAGGGCCAGCGGCGCCCCAUAUGCCGAAGCGCUCCAUCGCCGCGGAGCGGGCAUCCAAGCCAGGCUGCAGGAUGGGCUCGCCCGCCUCGUCCAGUCUCCAGAAGAGUGCGGCGGCGUCAUGGCUCUGGAUACCGUAACCGCGCGGCCCGCUCCCCUGGGCUCCCUCGUCACGCGCUUGUGGGCACAUGCCUCGCUUGUGUAUUUGCACGUGGUCCUCCACGGCUGGCAGCCGUUCAAAGGCGAGAUACGCCGCGCGGUGUCCCAGGGCAUCGACAUCCUCGACGAGCUAUCCCCCACGAUCGCGCAUCUGCGGACCCAAGCCUGGCCCAUCUGCGUCGUCGGGUGCCUGGCCACAGAGCAGCAGAAGGCCGUCCUUCGUCGCCUCUGGGACAAGCUGGGGCCGUUGUCGGGAUUCGGAUCGAUCAGUAUCGUUAUGGAGAUUCUGCAGCGUGUCUGGUCUACCAGGCCUCUCUAUGACCUGGAUCGUUGGGAUAUAUCAGCGUGCCUGAACGUGCUGGGCCGUAAGGUGUUGUUAAUCUGACCUUAAAAAGGGACCGGGGGUAAAAAGUUUGUGUACAGAAAAGCCCCCUGAAGGUCUGAGGACGGAUCCAUACUCGACAUCCCUGACAUUGGCGGGCAUGCGCACUGUCAUCGAAGGUGACCUUGGCGACUAAGCUAUCGCGGUGCCAGCUGUGUCGAGAGGACUCUGCUGUCGCUACGUGAAACACUCGAGAUGUAAAGAUUCCACAUAAAGCUGUUGCAACUACUCGCCAAGAACACCAACCUGGAUUGGCAGUCGUCGCGUGGAUGGCUGGAAGCCGCCUCAGAAAUGGACGAUAUUAGGAUUUGCUACAAUGCACCACACGAAAAAUAUGCAGUUGAUCAUAAAAGGCACC